AUGCUAGACGAUGAUAGAGAAUAUAUUGAUGCAAUUAAUGAAGCAAGUCAUUGGUCAACUGCCAAUUCUAUGAGAAAAUUAUUUGUCAUUUUACUGACGGCAAACUUGGUGAAUCGGCCAGAGAAUGUCUGGAAUCACGUCUGGCACCAUCUAUGUGAGGAUGUGCAAUUUAACAAGAGGAAAAUGUUGAAAGAUAUGGAUUUGUGUUUGUCUGAUGAUGAGAAGAAGAACUUAGGACUUCUUGAAUUAGAUAGGUUGUUGCAGAUGUACAACAAGUGUUUGAAAGAUUACCCUGAUAUGCCAAUCCCAAAUUACGAUGAUUCUUUAUUCUCGAACAAUCGAUUGUUGUUUGACGAGCUCAACUAUGACCGACAGGCAAUGACAGAAGAGUAUGAGACGAUGGAAAAACAAUUAACUGAUGAGCAGUUAGUUGUUUACGAAACUGUUCUGAGUGAUAUACAACAUCAGAAAGGGGGGCUCUUCUUUGUAUAUGGUUAUGGAGGUACAGGAAAAACAUUUGUCUGGAAAGCGUUGUCUUCGAAGCUACGUUCUACUGGGGAUAUUGUGCUAAAUGUUGCUUCGAGUGGGAUCGCCUCAUUGCUCUUGCCAGGAGGUCGAACAGCUCACUCAAGGUUCGCUAUUCCAAUAGCAAUUAAUGAGGAUUCAACUUGCAAUAUAUGCCAAGGGAGUCAACUGGCGGAAUUGUUAAUCCAAGCCAAGCUAAUCAUAUGGGAUGAAGCACCGAUGAUGCACAAACACUGCUUUGAGGCUCUAGAUAAGACAAUGCGCGAUCUGUUACGCCACUGUGAUCCUAACAGUGUACAUAAGACAUUCGGAGGCAAGACUGUUGUGCUAGGCGGUGACUUCCGGCAAAUAUUGCCUGUCAUUCCUAAAGGUUCGAGGCAAGAUAUUGUUUCAGCUGCAAUAAACUCAUCUUACCUUUGGGAUUCUUGCAAAGUCCUUCGACUAACCAAAAAUUUGCGUCUUAGGACACUUGAUGAUUCAGCCAGAAAGGAACACAUUGAACGAUUUGCUGCGUGGUUGGCUGAUAUAGGAAAUGGAAUAUUAGGUGGUCCUAAUGACGGUCACGGAAAAGUUGAAAUACCAGAAGAAAUGUUAUUGCCAUCAAAUGGGUGGGUCUAA